AUGUCUGUCAAGGGCGAGAGCAGCUCGUCGACCAAUUUGGGCAAGAGUCUCACCACGCUGCGCUGGCUACUAGACAUCAAUGCAAGUGUGAUGAGCAGGAAACAUGAAAAAGAAGACAAAGUGGAUGCAAAUGGAAAUAAAAAACCUUCGCAUUCGUAUGCUGAUCUCAUCCGAAUGGCGAUAGAAUCCACUUCGACGCGGCAAAUGACGCUCAAUCAAAUUUACGAAUACGUGCUAGAGAACUUUCCCUACUACAGAAGCGCCACUCACGGCUGGAAAAACUCGAUCCGACACAACUUGAGUCUAUCAGCUUGUUUUCAAAAGGUUCAACGGCCAAAAGGACAUCCUGGAAAGGGUGGGUACUGGACGAUCGAUCCGAAUCCGGCUCAGUCAGAGUUCGGCCGCCAGCGAAAACGGCCCGCGCCUCAGGCUGCUCUGGAGGACGCGCCCGAGGCGAAACGACCGGUUGGCCCAACAAAGGCCGAGAUUGCCGGUGCAUACAAGGAGGUCUAUGAGCAAAUCCUGAAGCCUAUCGACAACGGGCAGAUGCCGGCACAGGUCGAUUUCUCCGCGCUUUUCAAUCCGAAUCAAACGAGCAGCAACUCUCUCUUCGAUUAUCCCUCCCAGCUCCCCAAUCCAAGUACAGUUCCAUCUUCCUGUUCAAGCAGUCGUUUGCCCUCGGUGUAUUCUUUCCAAAACUCUCCUAUGUCUACCCACUCUUCCGAUGCACCAGCUCCGUCACCCUGUUCGUCGAAUCACUCUUCCGAGCAGUUUCAGUCUCCGAAUCUCGAUCUAGCUCCAAAUGGCGGUACGGCUGUUUCAAUCGCAGAAUCAUCAACAAUGCAACAAGCAAGCUCAUCUCUUUCUUCACAAGGACAGAAAGAAGGACACAAACUGCUUUUAUCCCGCCAAGUUUCCGACCCAUUCAAGUCGUGCAAUUUGACGGAUCCACAAGGGCUAACGAGAUCAACAAAGAAUACGCCCGAGUUUCAAGAAAUUCUCCGCCAACUCAAAAAAGCAGAGAGCAAUAACUGGGAGAUACCGGGAAAUCAUCAUCAACUGGCGGCGAGUCUGAGCGAAAUUCUUUUCAGAAGUUUCAGAGAGCAACGAAUUUAUGAUCUUGGAAGUGGAUCAUCUCAAAAUCUUAUGGAUCAGAGCAACAGAACUGAAAAUGGACACAACAGUUCCUCGGAAGACGAAAUUCUUGGCGACGAAGACUACCUGCGUCUGGCAAAUCAAUGA